GUCGGUCUGUGUGGUUGUGUGCAAUGACAGUGACAGUGUUUAUAAAGCAGCGUGGAAUUCUGUUAGUUACGAAAAUAUAUUAAGUUUUAUGCGUUUUUUGAUCAAACAUAAAUAAGAAAAUGGCUGAUAUUGAUGAGCUCUUUGGUGGUUUCGAUGAACCGAUUGGAUUUGACGAAGGUGAGGCUGCGAAUCCCAUUGUUGUUGACGAAAAAAACAAUGAAGAACAACAAAAUGAAAGUUCCCUAUCCAAACCGGACAAACGACCAUUGGAAGAUGAAACAGAGCGAAAUGAAGAUGAAGAUAAGCGAAAAAAACCACGAACCGACAAUGGAAAUGAUUCAAAAGUGACCGAAUCAAUUUUGGACGACAUUCGAUUAGAAGAGAUUGAGUCACGCAUUACAGUUCAUGUCAUUGAAUCGCCCGAAUCGUGUACACAUGAAGUUGCAGUUUAUCCAGGACAACCGUACGAACCAUUGGCACCGGUAACUGGGCCACCAGCCAAAGAAUAUUCAUUUGUCCUGGAUCCAUUUCAAAAGGAAGCAAUACAAUGCAUCGAAAAUGAACAAUCGGUGCUGGUGUCAGCUCAUACAUCGGCCGGUAAAACUGUUGUAGCCGAAUACGCCAUUGCCCGAUCAUUAAAUAACAAACAACGUGUCAUUUAUACAACGCCAAUUAAAGCAUUGUCAAAUCAAAAGUACCGUGAAUUUAGUGAAGAAUUCAAAGACGUUGGUCUAGUCACCGGUGAUGCGACGAUCAAUCCGACAGCUUCAUGUUUGAUUAUGACAACGGAAAUUUUACGAAACAUGUUGUAUCGCGGUUCUGAAAUUAUGCGAGAAGUUGGUUGGGUGAUUUUCGAUGAGAUCCAUUAUAUGCGUGACAAAGAACGUGGUGUUGUAUGGGAAGAAACAUUGAUUUUACUGCCUGAUAAUGUGCAUUACGUUUUCUUAUCGGCAACCAUUCCGAAUGCUCGCCAAUUUUGUGAAUGGAUCACCUAUGUUCAUAAGCAAAACUGUCAUGUUGUCUACACUGAUUAUCGGCCAACACCAUUGCAACAUUACUUAUUUCCGGCUGGCGGCGACGGCAUUCAUCUGGUGGUUGAUGAAAAGGGUCAAUUCAAAGAGGACAAUUUCAAUGCAGCCAUGAAUGUUUUGGCCACCGUCGGUGAAGCAUCAAAAGGCGAUCAAAAGGGACGUAAGGGCGGUUUUAAAGGUACCAAUAAAGGUGAAUCGAACAUCUAUAAAAUUGUAAAAAUGAUUAUGGAACGAAAUAUGGCACCGGCCAUCGUAUUUUCAUUCAGUAAAAAAGAAUGUGAGGUAUAUGCAAUGCAAAUGGCCAAAUUAGAUUUUAAUUCACUCGAAGAGAAGAAAUUAGUCGAUGAAGUUUUUAACAAUGCCAUGGAUGUACUAUCGGAAGAAGAUCGUCGAUUGCCACAAGUUGAGAAUGUAUUGCCGCUAUUACGACGUGGUAUUGGUAUUCAUCAUGGUGGAUUAUUGCCGAUUCUAAAGGAAACAAUUGAAAUUCUAUUCGGCGAAGGUUUACUCAAAACACUGUUUGCAACCGAAACAUUUGCCAUGGGAUUAAAUAUGCCGGCUAGAACAGUUUUGUUUACGAGCGCCCGAAAAUUUGAUGGGAAAGAAAUGCGAUGGAUUACAUCUGGGGAAUACAUACAAAUGUCAGGUCGUGCCGGGCGACGUGGUCUCGAUGACAAAGGUAUUGUCAUUUUAAUGAUCGAUGAAAAAGUGUCAAAAGUUACUGGCAAAGAAAUUGUUCAGGGCAAACCGGAUCCCAUUAAUUCAGCGUUUCAUUUGACCUACAACAUGGUCUUGAAUUUGCUUCGUGUCGAAGAAAUCAAUCCAGAGUACAUGAUGGAACGAAGCUUUUUCCAAUUUCAAAAUCAAUCAUCGAUACCGGAUUUGUAUCGACGCGUCGAAAAGAAACAAAAAGAAGUCGAUUCGCUAACUAUUCCAAUGGAAUCAAGUAUCGCCACAUACUAUCACAUUCGAGAUCAAUUGGAUAAAUUGGGCAGAGAGUUCAGAUCGUAUCUAACGAAACCGGUUUAUUUAACACCGUUCUUGCAACCGGGCCGAAUGAUAAAAGUACAAAAAGAAAGUGGCGACGAAUUCGAUUGGGGAAUCAUUGUCAAUUUCCGUAAACAACAAAGCGACGAAAAAAAUCCAGCCAAAUCGGAGACAGUAACAAUUGUUGAUAUUUUACUUCAUGUUGAUGACGAUUAUGAGAAAACAAAUACGGCCAAACCAUGCCCGGCGAAUAAACAAGGUUCCGUUGAGGUUGUACCCGUGUUGCAUACAUUAAUAUCACGAAUCAGUUCGCUGCGUGUCUACUAUCCAAAAGAUUUGCGACCGGCAGAAAAUCGGCGCUCUGUUUUGAAAACGGUGAAUGAAGUGAAAAAGCGUUUUCCAAAGGGUCCACCGCUGCUAAAUCCAAUCAACGACAUGAAUAUCAAAGAUUCAGAUUUUAAGCGUGUUGUUGAAACCAUUGAUAAAUUCGAAAAACAAUUGUACAGUCAUCCAUUGCAUGAAUCGCCGCAAUUGAGUGACCUUUAUGCUGAAUAUUCGAAGAAAAUUCAACUAUUGGCCGAAUUAAAAGGCGAAAAAGACGCACUACGCAAAGCAAAAAGCCUCUUACAAAUGGAUGAACUCAAGCAUCGCAAACGAGUUUUACGACGGCUUGGAUAUUGUACACAGGCCGAUGUGAUUGAAUUCAAAGGGCGAGUAGCCUGUGAACUCAGUUCGGCGGACGAAUUGCUCAUCACCGAGAUGAUUUUCAAUGGUGUCUUUAAUAAUUUGAGCAUUGAACAGAGCGUUGCAUUAUUGUCGACUUUUGUGUGUGACGAACGAAGUAAUGAAGCGCCAAAAACAGCCGAAGAACUUUCUGGCCCACUUCGUCAAAUGCAAGAUUUGGCACGACGCAUCGCAAAAAUAUCGAUUGAAUGCAAACUUGAAAUGGAUGAAGAAAACUAUGUGGAACGUUUCAAACCAUUUUUGAUGGAUGUCGUUUUGGCUUGGUGCAAGGGUGCCUCAUUUAAAGCAAUUGUUGGUAUGACAGACAUUUUUGAAGGUUCAAUUAUUCGGUGUAUGCGACGAUUGGAAGAAUUAUUGCGACAAAUGUGUCAAGCUGCCAAGACGAUUGGUAAUACAGAACUAGAAAAUAAAUUCUCCGAAGGAAUUCGACUGCUCAAACGAGACAUCGUAUUUGCCGCCUCAUUGUAUCUUUAAUUUAAAAUCCAAAUAAGAAUUGAUUUAUUCGAAAUAUCGUUUCUUAAAUUUUCAGUCUAAAGAAAUUAAAAUAAAAUUUGUAAAACUAA